AUGCUAAGUGUAGUUCUCAUUUCCUUGGGUUUGUUUCUUUUCAGUGUGCAGUUCCUGAACUUGCAAUGGAGAAGUCGUGGAUUUCCUCCUGGACCAACUCCGUUUCCCAUCAUCGGAGGCCUGUGGCAGAUAAAUUUUAGAGCUGAUCGUGGGAGUCUGAAAAAGCUGGCAAAAAUCUAUGGCAACAUCUGUACCCUGUGGCUGGGUCACACACCUGUAGUGGUGCUGUACGGGUUCCAAGCCGUGAAGAAUGGUCUCGCCACCAACUCAGAGGAUAUUACUGGGAAACUAGAGUCCUUUGUCUUCAAAAGAGUGACAAAUGGAAAGGGUCUCCUGGCCUCAAGUGGUCUUGUCUGGAAACAUCAAAGACAUUUUGGAACUGGAGCUCUCCGAAAACUGGGAAUGGGGAAUAAAGGAAUAGAACGUGGGAUACAAACAGAGGCCUGUUUUUUGGUUGAGUUCUUCAGGAGCAAAGAAGGCAGAGCUGUCGACCCUUCCUUCCCCAUUGUUCAUGCUGUCGCUAAUGUCAUCUGUGCCGUGGUGUUUGGACAUCGGUUCUCCUCAGAGGAUGAAACCUUCCAACAAUUGGUUGAAGCAUCCAGUUGCAUGUUGGCUUUUCUAAACACCCACUAUUACUAUAUAUGUGAAGUUCUCCAAGAUGUUGUAGAGUACCUCCCUGGACCUCAACACAAGGCAUCGUAUUCUUGCGAGUUUCUUCGGUCUUUUGUAAGGCAGGAGAUCAAAAUCCACAGGGAAAAGGGCAAAACAGAUGAACCAGAUUUCAUUGACCUUUACCUGGAUCAGAUAGAGAAAGCUAAAAAUAUCCCAAAUUCUGCAUAUGAUGAGGACAACAUGGUGCAGUGUGUUUUUGACCUGUUCCUGGGUGGCACAGAGACCACUGCCACCACUCUGCGCUGGGCUCUGCUCUAUAUGAUGGCUUAUCCUGACAUCCAAGAAAAAGUCCAGAAAGAGCUAGAUGCUGUUCUGAGUCCCUCCCAUCUCAUCUGCUACGAGGACCGGAAGAAACUGCCUUACACAAACGCUGUGCUUCACGAGAUCAUGCGCUUCAGCAGCAUCAUCUUGAUCACAAUUCCCAGACAAGUGCUGAAGGACACAACUUUUUUGGGGUAUCAGCUUCCAAAGGGCACCCUUAUUAUGGCAAACUUAGAUUCAACUCUUUUUGACCCUGAAUACUGGGAGACCCCUCACCAGUUCAACCCUGGUCAUUUCUUGGAUGAGGAUGGAAAUUUUGUGAUCCGAGAAGCCUUCUUACCCUUCUCAGUAGGCCAGCGGGUGUGUCUGGGAGAGGUGCUGGCAAAGAUGGAGCUUUUCAUCAUCUUCUGCAACUUAUUGCAGACGUUCAAGUUCACUCCACCAGAAGGAGUUAAGGAAGUCAACACAGAGGCGGUCCUUGGGGGCACAAUGAAACCCCAUCCGUACAAGCUCUGUGCAGUUCCUCGCUAG